AUGACUCGUAUGAAAGAGAUUCCAAACUUUCAAGCAGAUCAUCACCUGCUCAGGAUUCUCAAUGCGUCGUCCAACAAGAGACUUCAUUAUGUUGCUGUAGAAGGAUUGGUGCAGGCCAUCGGAGAGCCCAUUUCCAGCCAGUUCGUACCACGCCGUCAUGGUGUCAUCCAAAAGAUUACGAAGUGUGCACAUCCAAAGAGCUGCUGUGAAUUUGACCUUUCCUCCACUUUCCAGGAGAUUCCAAACUUUCAAGCAGACCAUCACCUGCUCAGGAUUCUCAAUGCGUCGUCCAACAAGAGACUUCAUUAUGUUGCUGUAGAAGGAUUGGUGCAGGCCAUCGGAGAGCCCAUUUCCAGCCAGUUCGUACCACGCCGUCAUGGUGUCAUCCAAAAGAUUACGGUGCACGAGCACUGGAAAUACUGGAACUCUGCUCUGAAAACAUGGGUCUCCAAAAAAGUGAACAAGCAGCAGACCACCAACACCGUGCCCUUCAGCUUGGUCCAGCCCGGCGCAUACAUCAGCGAGGUCUCGGUGCGUGUGGAUUCUCCUCUGGAGGCGAGCGGCGAUUACCUGGAGCAGGUGCACAAGCGGCUCAGACAGGCCAAAGAGGGGCUGAUGGACGCAGUCGUGGGAGAGCUGAGCGGGGAGAAGCCUGUGGCCCUAGAGGAGCGAGAGGAGCUGCUGCAUGUGGGAUCGGCCCUCACCGCAUUCGGGGAGCUGGUUCUGGAGCAGGACAAGAUCAUGAGGCUACAGCCGCCCAAAGACGGCCGCAGCUACGUCCUGAUCCCCGGUGAUUACAAGAGCUUCAUACAGCGGCGCGAGAACAGCGCUAACAUGUGGAAAGGCUUGACGGCGCUGUUCGGAAUAACGGGGUUUGCGCUCGUAGCUGGUUUCAUCCAUGGUGCUGCUAAUCAAGAUAAAAAGAACUAGCUGACUGAGGUGUGAUA